GAAAUUAUGUCGAAACUAUUAGCUACUCUUAAACAGUUUCAAAUCAAAUUAUAAUACAACUCUAAUGGCAGCAUCCCAUGUGCAUUUUGACCAAUCAAAAAUCUAAACAAACAGAAUUAAAUCAAAACCCGCUCAUUUUUAUAUUUGAUUAUGUUGAGAGAAUAAGAUAUUGCGUUAUUAUUCAUUUCAAUAUAGCUUGUUCUAAUAUGAAUCUUGAUUCUUCCAAAAAGCUGAAUGAGACAUUAUAUACAGAUUCUCAUUUUCGUUUACUAAGACGAAAAAAUAAUCCCACCGAAGCAAUAGAUGAAUUGCGCAACCUUAUAAGACAAACUGAUAUCCACUGUUCGAUUCAGAAUAUCAAUAAAGAUAGCACUGAGAAGUUGAAGAAUCAGUUUAUUUCAGAAUAUACAUCUAUAAUCGAUAAACAAGAGCAAGAAGGAUUGUUGCCUGUUGUUCCGGAUGAUGGAAGUUGGGUUCGGUAUUUAACGAAAGAUAAAAAUCCUCAAUUAGAAAUGCAAAAUGCUUUGAAAACUUGUGUUCAGUUCGUUGAAAAUAGUUUAUUUGCUUAUAAGUCAAAAAAUUUGAAAGAUAACUCACCUGCUUAUCACAGUUCUCACACAUCAAACAAUUUUAAAAUGUCUGCUUAUCAACCUCAAUCUGAUAGUUUAAAACUUAAACAAAAACCAUUAUUUUUUAAAGCAAACUCUAUUAAUAGUAAUGAAACAGACACAUCAACUUCGAGUGUGAGGCAAAAUACAAACUAUGAUGCAAAAAAAUGGGAUUCUAAAAAUCAGUUUCACACCAAAUACCCAGUUGCGGAAAACAGUUUUAAAAGAAAAGUUAGUGAAAGUAAUGAUUCUGCGUCCCGUUUCUCCAAAAAACAAUUUAACCGUUCAAAUAAGAAUGAACAAGCUCAAAAAGAUUCAAUUAAAAAUAGCUUUUUACCAGCAAGUUCUUUGUAUAAAAAUCCUUUGAAAAGAGCAUGUGAUGAUAGAAAGCAAGAAGAAUCUAUGAGUUCAUGUAAUGCUGAAGAAUCAUCAGACAUUAAAAAUCAUCCAACUCUAAAAAAUUUUGAUGCAAAAAUUGUAAGCAUAAUUUUAAGUGAGAUAAUGGAUUUCAGUCCCGAUAUAAAAUGGACUGACAUAGCUGGUUUAGAAUUUGUUAAAUCUACUGUUCAAGAAAUUGUUAUUUGGCCUUUGUUAAGGCCAGAUAUUUUUACAGGCUUAAGAGCUCCCCCAAGAGGUAUCCUGCUGUUUGGACCACCCGGCACCGGUAAAACUUUAAUUGGGAAAUGUAUUGCUACAGAAUCAAAUUCUACCUUUUUUUGUAUAAGUGCUUCAUCAUUAGCUUCCAAAUGGGUUGGGGAAAGUGAGCAGCUUGUUCGUGCUCUGUUCGCUGUAGCCCAACUGCACCAACCAGCUGUUAUUUUCAUUGAUGAGAUAGAUUCAUUGUUGUCACAACGAAGUGAUCAAGAACAAGAUCAUACAAGGAAACUUAAGACCGAAUUUCUUGUUCAAUUUGAUGGAGCCAAAACAAACGAUGAAAGAAGAAUUCUUGUUGUCGGAGCAACCAACCGACCUCACGAGUUAGACGAAGCUGCGAGGCGCAGAUUUGUAAAACGGUUGUAUGUGCCUCUACCGGAAGUGUCUGCAAGACUUCAGAUAAUAGAAAAACUCUUAGUUGCUCAUCAGCAUAAUCUUUCGAAAGCUGAUUUAGAUGAAGUUUGCGAUAAAACUAAAGGUUAUUCAGGGUCAGAUGUUGCUCAUUUAUGCAAAGAAGCUGCUAUGGGUCCUAUAAGAAGUAUUGGCCCCGAGCAAAUUAAAACAGUAUCUCUUGAUCAAGUGCGACCUAUUGAACUAAUAGACUUUCUUGAUGCGUUGAAACAAGUUAGGGCUAGUGUUGCUCAAGAAGAUUUAAAUUAUUAUUUAGAUUGGAAUAAAAAGUUUGGUAGUUUUGCUAUUUAAAUACGCAAAAAAGCCAUUUAAAAUUUUUUAAAUUAUAUAAUCUUAUUACUAAGCUCAAAUUUUAAAUAUGUGUUAAUUUUUUUUUUUUAAGUACGUAUCAAAAACUGAUUUGUAUAUUUGUUGAACAUCUAAAGAAACUAUAUGGGCAAAAUAUAUUUUCAUGUCAAAAAAAAAAGAAUUUAAUAAACAUUUAUAUCUGAAUAAUUUAAAAUAUUAUGAUAAAUUAUUUUGUUCUGAAGCAAUUAGGUACCAAAAACUAUUUAAUUUGUCUUUUAACAUAUCAAAGUAAAUGCUCACACGCAAUUUUUAAAAAGCAUAUAUCUGCAGCUUCUAUGCAUAUAUAUAUAUUUAUGUAAUAGAACUUAAAAAGUGAUAUCUAGCUCAUAAAAUAUUCAAAUAAAUUCUUAGAAAUCAGAAGCUAUUAGAACAGUAAAAAUGAAUAUCCUUAAAAAUUGUAUUUAAUAAAGUUUUUUUUUUUUUCAAAUUGAUAUGCAAUUACGGUAAUUUUUGACGGUCAUUAAACGAAACUGAUACCCAUAUUAUAUUUUUAAUGGAACUUGUAAAAAAUGAGAAUGGCAUAAAACGUAAUUAAAUUGAAGGUCUUUUUACAUCAAAAUUUAACACUGUGACAUUUUGUUUCAAUUAUAAAUUUAUAUUGGAAGUUUAAGAGCAAGGCUUGCAUAAUCAUCUUUGAUAAGUGAAUUCCUUUGCUUAUUUAGUCAAUGUAUUUUUGAGUCCCACAUACAAGGUGCAUAACUAGAUUUUUCAACAAAAGAUAAGCCCUCAAAAAAUAUUUUAAGCACUUCUAAAAAAAAAUAAUGCAGCAAUAAAUUGUUUUCCCUACUUUGAAGCUCUAUCUGCAAAAAAAUAACAAAUUUCAAAAACUCUUUUCAAAUUUUUAUAUGAUCAUGUUAACUAAAUAACUUGUUUUUAGCAACGAACUCUAUUCUUGAUUUUAUUGGUCACCAUAAAAGCAUUCUAUGCUUUAUUUUAAAUACUCAAUAUCCUUUUAUUUUAGACGCUCUUUAUUUACUUAAUGUGGAGUUGCUCAUUCAACUCUAUAAAUUAAUUAUUAGUUUAUACAAUUAUGUACUUUAACAUAAGGAAAAUAUUUAAUAAUGUUUAACUGUAAUGUUUUUCUGCGAUAAAACGUUCAAGGCAAAUUCGAAAAUGAAGUCUUGAAUUGGGAGUAUCUUGUAAAAUGCUGUCAGAAAUUCUUUACCAUAAAUCUUGCUCUGUGUAAACGCACGUGAGAAAUCUGCCAGUAGUGCAUCCAACAUGUCAACCGAUCUAUACAUUACGGAUGUCAGUAUGCCAAAACAGAUUAUAGUUAAUUGACACUGUUGGAGAACCAUGCUUUUUGUGUAAUGUGUAAUUCAUGGUGAUUCUAAAGGGAAAAUAUAAUAUUUUUAAAGGAUACAAUGAAGAAAAGCACCUUUAAGGACUUUUAAAAAUCAAAAAUACCUUUAAGCACUUUUUAUACACACCCUGUAAUAUGUUUGUAUUUGUUUUGCUAAGAAUGAAUGCAGUUAAUGGCAUACUUAUCAUUUCAGUGAUAUAACAAGUUUUAAAUGUUUGAGACACGAAUAAAACAAGUUUAAGAAAUCUAUUGUGAAUGACAUCAAGCUCUGAAUGGAUCAUACUGUUUGAAGUUUCAAUAUUAAACUAAUAUGUAAAUAAAAUGAGUUUGUGUUAGCUGCAUACUAUCUCUUGACUGCAUUGGAAACUUUGUGAAGAUAAUAUUGGCUAAAAUCAGUUUAAUCUUUUUUUUUUUUUUAAGUUUCUAAAUAACCCUAGUUUUACAUGGAAAUACAGGUGAUGUUAAAUGGAAAAACACCAGAAUGGUUUCUGGAUUACAAUCCUGAAUUUAUUCCCGAUCCGAAGAAUGCCUAUGUUAAACAAAUUUUCGCAACUUAAAGAAAACACUCUUGCAUUUUUAUUAAAAUAUAGGUAAUUGAUAAAAUUAAAGGUUUACAAUCUUUUGAGUGUUAAAAUAGAAUACCUGCAUCAGAAAACUGGCAAAACUUGGUAGUAGGCCAAAUGUAUAGGGUUUUAAGUCCUGAUCACUAUAGAUUUUUACCAGUUUUGACCACAGAAAUUCACUAUUCAAUUAAUUUAAUACUAAUCAAAUAUAUUUCACUAACCAUGUUAAAUCUAAAACAAGAUUUGUUAAAAAUUAAGUAACGAUAACAAGUUUUAUUGUUAUCUUAAAACUUAAUUGGUUUCAAAUGGAUCAUUCAUAACUUAGAAAGUAAUCUUCCUAUCAAUGAACAGACUCAACACCCCAGUAGAUAUUAUACAAAUUCGGCAAAUGUUAUAUCAAUGUCUAUAAUCUUAUUCAUAGCUGCUCUGCUCAUCAGAUGUCUUGUGAGCUCAUGUUUUAUUUCUUUUUAAGAGCAAAUUUAUAUUUUACAAUUGCAUAAUCCAAUUUAAAAUCUUGAAUAUUCUUAUUGUGUGAGCAUAUUUUAUUAAUAAGCUUCCUAAAAUUGUCACUAUGUUUUUAUUAAACUGCACUAUUACUUGUUAAGGUAUUGUAAUAAAUAAAGAUAUUUAUUAAAAUUAAGAUUGCUUUACA